AUGGCAUGCCCCGGUCGCGGAGACGAGCCUCGCCCUCAUGGGCCAACAGAGGGCCCCGCCUCCGAGAGGCGGAGGGCGGAGGCAGGCCGCGACACCAGCGAGGACGAGCGCAUUCUGCAGGCGGUCAAGGCGGCCGCCCAGGAAGGGAUGCGCGCGGGCAUGAAGAAGCUCCUGGACGACGUGAUGUCCAUGGCGCGGGAGGAGCUUCGUGCCCAGCAGGCACGGCGCCAAGCGGAGGUCACGUCCCCGCGAGCGGCGCCGGCGCCAGCCCUGCCGCCGGAAGGGCGCUCCGAGGAGGGGGCUGCGCCUCCCCCGCGGAGGCCCCGAGAUGGGCCGGGGCCGAAGGACCACCUGCCAGAGGAGUCGCGGGACCAGAGCCCGACCCUUCCCAACUGGUCCAGGACAACCUCGGAGUACUCGUACACGGAGGGCAGCGACGAGGACGAGGGGAGCAUGACGGACGAGGGGAUUCAGCCUGCGGGGCCACCCCGGCGGGCGGUGGAGCUAAAGGAAGCUCCGGAGGCCCGACGGGACGGUGCGAAGCGGUGGUCUUCUGGCGGGGCAGGGUCAAGCACCUCGUCCGCGAGGCCGCCGCAAGGCCGUCCCUCAGUGGAGGAACCGGCGAGGCACCGGCACACCCAGAAGCCCAGCAAGAAGAAGAGGGACGCCCACAAGGCGUGGGCGAACUGGGCGGGUGGCUCGCAGAAGGAGGAGAAGAACGAGGACCGCAAGAGGCAGAAGCAGCACGAGUGGGGCGACUCCAAGAAGAAGGGCGAAGUCAUAGGGCGUGAGACCGCCUUUGACUUGGAGUACGCUUUCGAGGAGUUCGCCUACGAGGAGUGCGCCCUGCAAGGGUGCGACCGGGACCAUUUUGGUCACGCGGAGGUCUUCCACCUCGAAGCCGGCGAGUUCGAGGAGACGGAGGAGAUGCGCGAGGAGCCCGCACCAUGGGCUCACGAGCAUGGAGGCGAGGAAGCUGGCCGGGGCCCCGUGAGGGACCUGCGAAGUGACCUCAAGGACGGAGACGAGGAAGCCAGCCGGGGCCCAGAGGGGGACCUGAGGAGCGACCUCGAGGCGCAGCCUGGCCCCAGCGAGGGGACGGGGAAGACGCGCCAGACGAAGAGGCAGAGGAGGCGGCAAUGGAAGCCGUUCGCGGCCCCGGAGGGCCCGCCCGAGGGGGCCUCGAGCGCCGCUGGCGCCGCUGCGCCGUGCGCGGCGGGAGUCGAGCCCGAGGCCGAGGCGGGUCCGGGUGCGCUGAAGAACCGGUUCUUUCAGGUCGUGGGCAACUCGAUGGACUCGUGCACGAAGGAGGUCGAGAAGGCCUUGGACGAGCUGCAGCGCCUCACCGGCCAGCUGGACCCGGAGUCCCGGGACUCCGUCGAGGCUGGCGUGCUCCAGGGUGCCCACCUGUUCAUGCAGCUGAUCUGA